AGGACCUGGACGACUUGAUGAUGUCCUUCUGCUCCGAGAUCACGGCCGGGGCGGCGCCGCCCCCGACCGCCGAGCCCGGCGCCGCCCCGGCGAAGGACGGGACGAGCGCGGCCACACCGGCUGCUUCUGGCCGCGCGGGCGGUACCGCCAAGCGGAAGGCGCAGGACCCCAGCGGGGACGCCGCGGGCAAGGCCGGCAAGAGGCCCACCUAUACGGGCCGAAGGGGCUCCAGCGCCGCAGCGACGGUGAAGGCCGAGCCCGUGGUCAAGCGCGAGGCCCCCGACGAGGGCGUGCCGCCCCCCGCCGCGGCCGCGCCGCCGAUGUCGGCCGCGACCGGGGCCGCGGCGGUGCAGGUCAAGCAGGAGCCGGAGGACCAGGACGACGCCGCCAUUGCCGCCACGGUGGCCGCGCCAGUGGUAGCAGUGAAGGCGGAGCCCGUCUCCCCCCGGCGCGGCGACGACACGGGCUCGCAGCUGCGCGAGUGGCUGCAGGGCGGCGCCUGCCCGGGCGUGAAGGCCCAGGAGCCCGCCGCCGAGGGCGCCGCGGCGGCGGGCCCCCGGAAGUUCCGGGCCGAGCCGGACGGCGGCGUCUGGUUCUACCUCAUCGACGCCUUCGAGGACGACCGCGCGUCUCCUCCUCGCGUGUACCUCUUCGGCAAGGCCCGCCGGGAGGGACUGACUCAGGCCUCCGACGCCUUCGAUGUUGCGGUGUCCGUGUAUAGGAACACGGACGUGUCUGGCCUGGUCGCUUUCACGGUCGCCCUGAUGGUGGCCUGCGGCGCCAUGAGCACUGGAGACUUCAUCGCGACAGCGGAGCCUGCAAACUGCGCCCAGAGGGGAACCAUCGCCCAGGCUGCCGCGUACAUCGGGACAGGUGGCGCCACGGCGGAGGACAUGAUCAAAGAGCUCAAGUACCUCACCAUGUUCAUCAUCUGCACGACGGCUUACAGCCUUGGGAAGCCAAGCACCGCGUGGGAGAACGAGCGCCACGUAAAUUUUGUUCGUCGCAGUGUUGGGGGGCAGCUUCCUCAAUUCACGCGCCAGGUCCGCGAACAGCUAACGGCGAUCGCCAAGAACAUCAACCCUUGCGCAUUUGUUGUGCAAAUGAGCCGCAUUCUCGACUUCCAGCCGCAGAACCUCCCAGCGGGCGGCUUCUCGUUCAACCCGUUGGUGCGUGGAGGUGUUCCAGCGCCCCCGCCAGGAGGUGCGUGGGCGCCAGUCCUCGGGCGCCGCUGCAAGAAGGAGCCCUACACGUUCUGCACGUGCGGCCAUUGGACUUACGAUCGUCUUCUUCGCAAGCGUGGCCACUGCAUCGGGUGCAUGGCCGCGCUCGCGCCUGCGAGCGACGCAGCCAUGGGAGGUGGCGCGCAGCCCGGAGGCGGUGGAGGUGGCAACGCGGGGGGCGGAGGCAGCUUGCCUAAGUCCGCUGGGCUUGCCUCGUCCCAGCUCGCCUUUAUGCAGAAGUUCGCUGCCGACCUACCGCCUGACAAGGCCCGCGCCCUCCUCGACGAGUUCGGCAUCCAGAAGCCUUCGCCUCACGUCCACAGGCAGGGCCACGCGAACGAGGUGCAGGCGGCUGAGGGCCGUCAGCGCGCGACCGCGAACAGGCCCCAGCAAGCCCUGCAUAAUCAGGUCCGUGUCCAAAAGAUGUUGGCGGAAGCUGGGAAGAAGGUUGAUGACGCCAUGCAGGGAGAUCUCAAAGCUAAGAAGGAGGUCGAGGAAGCUGCGCGCCGCCUGGCGCAGCGCGCGUUCCCCCCCGAGGAGCCCUCGGCCAAGAAGUCGGUUGUCCACAUCGGAGCUCUUUUGGCGGAUCCCUCGUCGCUCUCUCUUGACUUGGGUGAGGAGCUCGGCUUGUCUGGCGACUUCUACUCCGACGAGGGGCGCAAGCAGCUGGAGGAUUUCUCAAAGGAAUGUGUCGAGCGUGCCAGUGCUUUGCUCAGUACAGCUGUCACGCAUGCUCGUGAUGAGGCCCAGAAGAUCAAAAAGGAGCGCUCUGAGAAGUUCGAGCAGCUCAAGAAGGUGGGGGACCCCGCCCUUCGGGCCGCCCGCGAGGCCGGCGAGGCGAGGGUUGCGCGGGCCGCCGCUCGUCAGGAGCUCGACGAGGCCGCCAGGCACGUGGUGGUCACCUUCGCCCCCGUCUACGUCGUUUCGGGCGCAGGCCUCAAUGGCAGGAACAUGCGCGUACUGUCCCAGCACGGGGCUCGGAUCAGCCAGGUUGCUGGGCCCGUUGUGCUCAUCGGUGAUUGGCAGAAUUCGGUCGACGAUAUCGCCAAUGUGAAGUUCCUCAGCAGAUGGGGCUCGAGCGAGAUCCCUUCGGACUUGAAAGUCACUUACACCGGUGGCAGGGGCGCUGCCAGCAAGAUCGAUUUCGGGCUCGUGAGCAGCGGUUUCCUGCAGGCUGCGCGGUUCGACGGCGUGGACUCGACGGCCCCCUGGGGCACCCACUUGGCUGUGAAGUUCGAGCUGAAGGCUGAGCCCGGGCUGAUUGAAGGGCUCCGUGUGAUGGAGCCCAGGGCGCUCGACGUCGCGUCUGAUCUCAGCAGGGCGUGGCAGCUCGACUGGGACUCGGCGGCGCAGCGUGCCAUGACUCUGAUCGAUUCGAAGCCGGCACGUUUCUGGUCGAAUCUUCCUCUUGCCAAGUUGGCCAGCGAGAAGCGCGACGCCAUCCAGGUAUCCAUGGGCCUUGGUGGAUCGAUCGGCUUCGGCGCCUCCGCGAGCUUACUGCUGAGUCUUUACAGCGGUGCUGCGAGGAGAUGGUCCAUCCAGGCUUGCUGCCUGGAGGUGGCAUUCUUGCUGGGUGCGGCCAGGCAGUCUCCCAGGUUAAACGCCUGGGCCCAGGAGGCGGGAGGUGAGGUCCACGGUCUGGACCCCCCCACUCUGCGGCAGCUCAGGGGUCAAGCUCGCCUGGGCAGCAAGUGCCUCCAGCGCGGUUUCACGUGGGAGCUAAUCGACCAGGGCGCGGCGCCUCCGACCAGGCUCUUGGGCGCUCUCGAGUCGACAAUCGAGGCGCGCGCCUGGGUCCAGGCCUCCAAGCACAUGGACGGGGAGUUAGGACAGGUGCCCACUUCGGCCGCCGGUCUGGCGCACAGCUUCCUCAAGGAGGUGCGCUGA